AUGGAGAAGGAGAAUGGGAAUUCUAGGAGGGAGUUGGCUCCAUUUCUUGGCGCACUUGUAAAUGGUAGGGACACGGACUUUGAGAUCCUGCAGAUCAAUUAUACGGGCUCUCUGAUCAUAAAUUCCACUUCUCUAAAAGCCAUGUCGUGUAAUGGAACAGAUGAUGCCUUUUUGCAGUUCAAGUUACCUGCAGAUGGGCCCUUCACCAUUUCCUCCAUCAAUAAAUUCGUGGUCGUUGGUUGCAAAUCAAUCGGCUCUUUCACUCUUGAUGAUGGGGAGGGGAAAUGUAAAGCUGCCUGUCUACAUCAAUAUGACCCCAAAUACUGCAACAGCUAUGGGUGCUGUGAAGCUGGUAUUCCAGGAAAUAAGAGGACCAUAAAUUUCACUGGUGGGGGAAUUAGCUAUAACAACUUUGCAGGAGUGUGCGGGUUCUCUACUCUUCUCGAUCCACUUACUUGGGAGUUACAGGAACACGAAUUUGGUCAGUUGGGUAGGGGACAUUACGGCCUCCUCCUCGAUUGGGGCAUCGACCAUGGAAAUUGCUCAAUUGUCAAAGGAACAGCCAAUUACUCUUGUGCCAAGAAAGCCGAACGCAUCGACUCUCUAACAGGGGAUGCCCACUCAUGCAGAUGUGUUCCAGGCUAUGAAGGGACCGGUUACUCUAACGGCACCGGUUGCACAUAUGUGCCCAAGUGCAGUCGCAGAGAUUUGAAUCAGUGCGUUGAAUCAUCGGCUAGUGGCGUAUGUAUUGAUUUGCCUGGUUCUUACAAUUGUGGAACGGGUUAUGGCGGAGACGGAUUUCAAAACGGGACAAGAUGUUAUCUCAAUGAUGGGGCUUCACGCCCAAAUACGUCAUCUAUAUUGACAACUUUUUGGUAUCGUUGCCCAAUCAAUUUUAUUUACGUCUGA